AAAACACAAGGCAGACAAUCCGUCCCUGAAACCUGCAAGACGACUCCCAUUACCACAGCAGCACAGCACCACAGCUGCCUGCGCCAUGCAGGCGCAUGCACGUAUGGCGCGGGAGCCGAGGGCAAUCGCCGGUUUCCGCCAGACCAGCGACCCCACAUGCAUAUGUACAAGUGGUGCGAGCUGCCAUUCAAAGGUCUAUUCCGCAGCAAUGGAUACAUUCGGAAUGAUAAUACCCUGCCCUCGUCCAUGUGGAGCUGAGCACCUCUCGCUUUCGAGAUGACGCCCGUCCAGCAUUCCCCUCCCUCGCAGCGGUUGCUUUGCGCUUGGGCCCGGCAGCAAGCAGACACGUACGCAAGCAUGCAUCAGUGAUGCCCUAUGAAAAC